AUGAGCGCGAGCGCUGAUCACCAAGCUCAGCUUCAGCGCGAGCUUGACGAGGCCCGUCAGCAGAUCAAUGCCCACGCUGCUCAAGAAGCUGGGCUUCAGCGCGAGCUCGACGAGGCACGUCUGCAGAUCUAUGCCCAUACUGCUCAAGAAGCUGGGCUUCAGCGCGAGCUAGUCGAGGCACGAAUCGAGGUUGGGGCGAACGUUGUCCAAGAGGAUCAGCUGGAGCAGCUUCGUCAGGAGCACGAUGCCCUUCGUGAGGUUUGGCUAGGAGAAAGCCCCGGAUUGGAGGACAGCCAUUUGGUGGGGGCCGUCAAGAAACAACUCUUUUAUGUUGCUUCAAUCGUCAUCACUGUCGUUGGAGCGAUCGUUGCCUUGCAAAGCAUCAUCUAA